GUGAUGAACUGUUGCUCAGCGCUGACGCUCGUUUAUUUCACCAUUCCUAGAGGUUCUGCAGCUCGGAGCAGAAAUGUUGUUCAGUCCAAAUGAUUUAUCCGAGUGUCUUCGGGAAUGGGACGAUUUGGAGAAAGAUUAUCAGCAAAUCCAGGACACUCAUCGCCUUUAUAAACAGAAGCUUGAAGAAGUGAGCAAACUGCAGACCAGCUGCUCUAGUGCUAUAGCACGGCAGAGGAAGAAACUGGGAGAGCUCACUUUGUCACUAAAGGGAUGCAAAAAGAACCCCCCGACGUCAACGCUGAGCCCAAAAGAGAUCGAGUCGAUUGCUGAAAUGGAAGAGUCCAUCAAAGACAAAACAAAUGUUUUCUUUGAGAUGGAAGCAUUUCUGCCAAAGAAAAAUGGGUUGUACCUCACGCUUGUUUUGGGCAACAUUAAUGUCACCCUCCUGAACAAGCAGGCCAAGUUUGCAUAUAAAGAUGAAUAUGAGAAGUUUAAACUGGUCCUGACCGUCAUCCUCUUCGUGUUUUCCUUCACGUGUCGCUUUUUGUUCAGCUACAGAGUCCUGGACGCUCUGUUCAACUUCCUGCUGGUGUGGUAUUACUGCACACUCACCAUCCGGGAGAGUAUCCUCAUCAGCAAUGGCUCCAGGAUCAAAGGUUGGUGGGUUUUCCAUCACUAUGUGUCAACCUUCUUAUCUGGAGUCAUGCUCACUUGGCCUGAUGGCGCCCUCUACCAGAUGUUUAGGAACCAGUUUCUUUCAUACAAUCUCUAUCAAAGUUUUGUCCAGUUCCUUCAAUAUUACUACCAGAGCGGCUGCCUUUACAGACUCAGAGCGCUGGGAGAAAGACAUACUAUGGACCUAACAGUCGGUGAGAAAAUACCAAUGUUCAAACUUUUCAUUAAACCCUGGUCUAAUGCUCUCAUGGUCAGUCAGUCUCAUUCAUCAUUUCCUGCAUGUGUUUUUCUUUGUUUUGCCAUCCAGGUCUUGAUGUGCGGCUGCUCCUACAUGGUGCUGUUCAUGGGAAACCUGUUCACCACGCUGAGGGUGGUUUAUCAGAAAUAUAUGAACAAUGAAGACAAGUCCAAGUCUAUGUGAGCCUCCUGUAACCAGAGCAGAUCACCAAGA